UACCUCCCACCUCUGCAGUUUUCAAUUUGUAUCAGCUCACAAUUUCUUUGUUCACUGAUACAUUGAUGUUAAAUUGUUUAUAGAAGCUGUGUAAAUAGCUUGUUCAAUUGCUUAUGGCUCUUGACUACUUACAUGUGAAUCAUAUUCUUCAUCGAGAUGUUAAGGUAAGUUGCAUCUAUCUGUAUACUAGAGGAUUUAUGAAUUAUCCUUCUGAAAUUUCUGAAAUUGCAUGUUACUGACAGUCUUGUUCUUGCGGUGUUCAAAUAUAUUCUUGGCAAAAGACCAAGACAUACGUCUUGGUGAUUUUGGACUUGCUAAGAUGUUGCCAUCAGAUGAUCUUGCAUCCUCUGUUGUAGGAACUCCAAGUUAUAUGUGCCCUGAGCUUCUUGCUGACAUACCUUAUGGCUCUAAGUCAGACAUUUGGUCCUUGGGAUGUUGUAUAUACGAAAUGACUUCUCAUAAGCCUGCAUUUAAAGCAUUUGUAAGUUUCAAGAACUCUGUUUCUAACAGAAUUAUGUGGUAACGCUUUCUUGUGAGUGUCCUGUGGUAAAUGUUCUGUUAGUUGGUACUGAAUAUAGUUGAAACUGACCAUGGAUAUGGCUAUAUGGAUAUGGCUAUUUUGCUAUGUAACUUUGUGAACAAUACAUGUGAUAGGGUCAUAUAAAAACAUGAUUCAUAAUUUUAAAUGCAAUAUAUAUUGCAGUUUACAAAAUGGGGCUCAAGUAUUUUUGCCAUUUUGUGACACAAGAAGGCUCAUUUCUGUAUCAGAUUUUGGGAACUCUGUCUCUCUUGUUGGUUA